GUGCCCUCUCUCCUUCUGUACAGUACAGUAGAAUGUGAUUCCCACUCUGAUUUCAAGCCUCAGGACAGUAAUGUGUCUUCUUUAAAAGAGCUUCGGCACCCACAGACAAAAGGAUCUCACCUUCAUACUACAUUACCAAAGUUUCCCCCACCUCAUCACCUGUGGGAGAAGUGCUGACUCAUAGGAACUACAAUGUCUGUGGUCAAAAUCCUGUGCUAUAUGCUGUUAAUGUAUCAUCUCAAUGAGGCAAGGAAAGUCAAAGGAAACAGAGCAGGUGUAGAGGAUACAGUGCAGAGGGGUGUCCUGAAGGUAAACGAGCCACAUGUUAGCAGUUCAAUCUUCAGGCUGUUUGCAGAAGGUGAGGACAUCUGCACACUGGACCCUCUGCAGCUGCACACUCUCACCUCCUGUGGCUUCAACAGCAGUAAUCCCCUCAUCAUCAUCACUCACGGGUGGUCGGUGGAUGGUAUCAUGGAGAGUUGGGUGCUGAGGUUAGCCACUGCCCUAAAGACAAAUCUAAUGGACGUCAAUGUGGUGAUUACUGACUGGCUGUCCCUGGCUCACCAGCACUACCCCACAGCAGCACAGAGCACCCGCACCGUCGGAAAAGACAUAGCUCAUCUGCUGCAGUCACUUCAGCGACACUACCAGUAUCCACUUAGAAAGGCUCAUUUGAUUGGCUACAGCCUUGGUGCUCACAUCUCUGGAUUUGCUGGAAGCUAUCUGGAAGGUUUGGAGAAGAUUGGGAGAAUUACAGGCCUUGAUCCAGCGGGGCCACUGUUCGAAGGCAUGUCUCCGACAGACAGACUGUCUCCUGAUGAUGCUGAAUUUGUGGACGCCAUCCACACCUUCACUCAUGAACGUAUGGGCCUCAGUGUGGGCAUCAAGCAAGCUGUGGCACAUUAUGACUUUUACCCCAAUGGAGGAGACUUCCAACCAGGAUGUGACCUGCAAAACAUCUACGAGCACAUAGCCCAAUACGGGCUGCUCGGUUUUGAGCAGACAGUGAAAUGUGCUCAUGAGCGGUCUGUCCAUCUCUUCAUCGACUCUCUGCUGAAUAAAGAUAAGCAGAGCAUGGCUUACAGGUGCAGUGACAGCAGCGCUUUUGACAAAGGCGUCUGUCUGGACUGUCGGAAGAAUCGCUGCAACACGCUAGGCUUCAAUAUCAAGAAGGUCCCCAGUGGCUCCAGCAAGAGGCUCUACCUGAAAACACGCUCUCGGAUGCCUUACAAACUCUAUCAUUACCAGUUCAGGAUCCAGUUUGUCAACCAGAUGGAGAGGAUUGAGCCUUCUCUCACCGUCUCCCUCACUGGAACAAAGGAGGACAGUGGCGACGUCCUCAUUGCUGUCCCUGAAAGGAUUUGGGGUAAUAAAACCUUCACCUUCCUGAUCACCCUGGACAGAGACUUAGGGGAUCUAAUGUUGCUCAAGUUGCACUGGGAAGGAUCAGCACUGUGGAAGAACGUGUGGAACCGGGUGCAAACCAUCAUUCCCUGGGUCGGCCCAGAGAGAAAACCACAGCUGACUGUGGGCAAGAUCAGCAUCAAAGCAGGCGAUACACAGAAGAGGACAUUUUUUUGUGCCAUGACAAAUGAUGGACAAGAAGUUGAAGUGUCACAGGACAAAGUGUUUGUGCGCUGUAAACAAGACACACCAGAACAGCGGAGAAGGAAGCACGGCAGACGUGUGACAGUUUCUUAAUCUAUUCACAUCUGAAGGAUGCCCUAAAGGUUCACAAGUGGAUGAUAAAUCUGCACAGCCUCUUCAAAGUGAGAAAUGAUUAACAAACAGUGGGGAACUGAAUCCUGUUAACUAGCACCUAAUGUAAGUUUGAUUAUUUGAAGUUAUUACUGAGCAUUGCAUGUGAUCUUUACACCAGCUCUUGACAUUACACUCUAAAAAUAAGCCCAGGUUUACAAAUGUCUUUCAGGUGUAUAAACAGUUGAGGAUUUUCCAAUUCAAAUAUUAACCAGACUGGACACAAAGUCACUGACCUUUUGAUGAUAGGAUGUACAUUUCUACUUUAAGAAAUAUUAAUCUCAUCAUUUAAAACGUGCAUUACUUUCCCAUAUAACAUCAUCUGUUAAUCAAACCAGAUCAAUAAAUAUGCACUGUGUUUUCUAA